AUGUACUCCAGUGAAACUAGGUGAAACAGAUUUAAAUUGUCUACUUUACGCAAACGACUUUGUCAUAUUAUCUGAAUCCAAGUAUAUAGUUUACAAAAUUGUCUCACGAAACUUGAAUUUUACACCAGUAAAGUAAGUUGCUUUACUGCAGUCCUUUUCUGGGCUUUACUGGCUACUGUUCUUUGCAUACUUCAUACGACAAGGAACCAUUACUAUCUUAGCCCUACAUGUCCCGUGUGUUUUAGUAUUUUCCCCCGGUCCCACCAGGAGAGCCAUGGCACACCAGCAUUGCUAUAGUCUGUGAGAAUUGCGUGAGAUAUGUACAUGCAGAUGUACUGUAUUUUCAUGAUACGUAAUGGUGUUUUUUCUACUUAUAUAGGUAUAAACGUAUUGGUAUCAUUGGUGCUAUAAUGAUUGUACGAAGUAUGGCUAAACCCAGGUUGGUAUUUUAAGCAACCGUACUUUAUUUAUUUAUUUAUUUAUAAAUUCAGUAUAAAUUAUUACAAAUAGAUUAUAAUAGUUCCACAUGGCAGAAUAACAAGAGGAGGACACGAAGUCCCUUUCGAGGUCAAAUUCUUAAAAUUGAAGAGCAGUGCAGGAUUCUUGCAAUAUUUCAGACAACCUAGUGUAUACGAAUUGUCUCAAACGUGAAGGUGGGGGUAGGUUUCUACAAUAGUUGUUUUACUGGUUUGUGUCUGAACUACCUGACAAAGGCAUUAAAGACUGUUUUUGAUCCUUUAAAGUAUCUUUAAAAGUGAUCUUUUUUUCAGUGCAUGAGCUCUGACCAAACCGAACCCUUAUCUUUAUGAAUUGACUGUUUGCUUCAUUAUGUAUUUAACUAAAACAUUGUUUUGACUACUUUUACAGUCCUGGGGAAGACACUCCAACGGAUUCAAGUAGUUCACAACCAAUAAUUGUCAUGAGGCAAGCAUAGUACCAUACUGUAAGAAUGAUUAUGAAGUGAAAAAAAUGCUGGUGCAUGGUCUACUAUAGAUCCAAGAUAGUGACUCGUGGGGAACAAUGCUUGUGAUAAAAGAAACUGUAGUUCAUUAUUCUCUCGGUUUGUUUCAAGUUAUCUUCGUGGGGUAGGUUGUUCGGCUUAACCCCAGUUUAACCUAAAUUCCAAAGCAAACUUCCUGACAGUUUGUAUAUAAAUUUGGAAAUAUUUUUUCAUAGAUCUUGUCUGGAUCGAUAGGAGUUUACUUCUCUAAAGUUUCGAAAGAAACAGACGUGCAGAAAUACACAAACUAAAACAGCAGAUUCAAUUUUAAGCGAGGGUUAGGGCUAACCCACCUUUGAACAACCGGCCCUGGAUGUCAUGCUUAUUUUAAGCCAUGGGUCUAUUAGGAAACCUCAAUGCAAGGUGAAGUUAAAGGGGACAACAAUUAGAGCAACCAGGAUAAGAGACAAGAACAUGAAUAGUAUGCAACAUGAACAGCAACGUAAUUCAUUUCGUUUUACACAGGUGGUCAGUCUGUUGGAUUUGGUCCGUAAUAGUAUCAAUCGUGUUCCUGAAGCGGCUGCGUUGUUUUACGACGAGAUUCCACAUUACCAAAUAACCAACUACAAUUUGCAGGCAGCGAUAUCUAACUUAAUAUUCUCCCAAUCAUAUUUCCAAUCAUAACCGUUAUCUUAUCCCUAACCCUACAGUAAUCGUGCCUUUAUCCUAAGCCAAACCUUAUAGCAAUUACCUUAACCCUGUUCAACUCUCCUUCAACUUCUCUAAUGGUCCCCUUAUGGUAGCCAAAGUCAAAUCUGAACCUCCAUACUUUGGCUGUGCAGUGCAGUGAAAAAGGGGUUAUUAGUUGUGUUGAAGCGGAUAGAAAUAACAUCAAGGAAGACCAAGCCUGAAAAUAAAUUUCCAACGGUGCCUGGAUGUCUUGUUUUAGUGGCUGAAACUAGAAGAAGCGUACGAACAAGAUAAACACACUCUACUGGCGUUCACUCAAAGAGGAGGUGUUCUCAGCCUCUUGUUACAUAGAGAAUAAUACAUGGGUGCGCGGAAAUACUAGAUUUAUCACGAGUGAGCGCAGCGAACGAGUGAGAUAUCAUGUUCAACACGAGAAAUAAAUCUGGUAUUUCCAAGCACCCAUGUAUUUUUCUGUUUAUUAUAUAAACAAAAUUCAGUGAAAAACAAUAAAACGUCUGUGGCAAUGCGUUUUACAACAAAUGAUAUUUUCACACGUAAAAAUAUCGUAUUUUUUACGUGUGUUUAAAUACAUUUUUCUCAGUGGCCAAAGAUUUUCAUGACGUAUGUUACCUUUAAUGAUCCAAAGGAUACAUGCUCAAAAAUUUUAAAGUGGAAACGUCAAAAACUCAGGUAUAGAUAAGAAAUUAAAAAUUGUAUUCGCGUAGUUUAUAAUAUUCAGCAAGUUUUAAAGUUUAUUCUGAACUUAGUGUCAAAGUGAGUUCUUUAACUUUCGGUAUAAUAUAUAAUUUAUAGACCCUCCGCUCCGGGGAUUCGGCGAUAUUUCCCUCAGUGAUGAUAUUUUCCUCGGGGCAAAGCCCCUCGGAAAAUAUCAUCACUUCGGGAAAUAUUACGCCGAAUCCCCCUCGUUCCGGGUCUAUAAAUGAUAAAUAUUUCACAUUCCAUUAUUCAAAUAUCCACUGAAUGAAUGGAAUAUGACCUCAAGCUGGAGGACUAGAUCUUGUUUCCAAACUUGUUUCCAAACUCAUUACUGUAAACUUAUUCCAAACUCAUUACUGUAAACUUUUGGAAUGCACAGCUUAAUGUUUUCCACUAAAUGUUACAAAGUUUUCGUUCAUUAAAAUGUUGUUUUAUCAGCUCUAAAAAAACAGAUAAAUCCACGAAACACUCCUAAUACUGUAUAUGUUGCCAUAUUGAUUUUCUGCGUGCAUGUUCAGACAAAUUGCUUACCUGUUCGUGGUUAGUAUAUCUGUGAAGAAAGUUUUAAAUUUAGGCAAAUCGGCGCCGUCGUAUUCUGUAACCACAAAGAGCCUGGGUAUAGCCAAUUGAAAUAAAUAGAACUGAAACGCUGCCUUCAGAUAAACUGCUUAUCUUUUUCUUGAAGCCAAAUGGUCAGGCCACGCGUGUUUGUGUCAUGAUUGACAGAUUGAGCGCUCUUCGCAUGCGUGAAAAGACUGGGACUGGCCUUCAUGUUUGGCUUCAAAUUUCAGUUCAAUGGUCUAGCCCGUUUUCUGACGUCCUGAAAAGUACGGAAGUGGUCCAUCAAAAGCUUGCCAUUUUACCAAAUUUAAACUGUCAUAAAAUUCGGAGGAUUUGCCGAAAUUCGUUUUGUUUUCGCAGAAAUACUAGAAAUCAUGCCAAGAUUUUAUAUCGAUAAGAAAACAUUUUGGGGUUUAAUAGGAACACUUUAAAACUACUUGCACAUUAAUCCGUUUUCGAAUAGCUUCGUUUCUGAAAUUUCGAAAAUGGAUAAUGUGUAAUGGCCAUUGAAUAAAUAAUUAUGUUUGUUCCUUUCUCCAGCUUCGUUAUGCUCGAUUGAACCUUGUGUUAACAAUGGGACUUGCCGUGAGCACAAUGAUGACAUCACGUGUACCUGCGCCAGCGGUUUUACUGGCAAGCGGUGUGAGGCGAAGAUUAUAGGUAAGACCACUGGAUACUGAUUAGACAGCCGUGUGUCAACACAAUCUCUUCUUACGUAUGAUGAUAUACAUCAUAUGGCCAUAAAUUUAUGAUGUAUACCAAACGGGUGUAUACCUUUUAUUUGUGAGCAGGGGCGUAACUUGGGUUUAAGAGGUGUGGUCAGAAAAGAACGUAGAGAUGCUGGGAAACUGAAAGGUUUAUAAGAGUCCUCAGAGGUAGCGUCAAAGACACCAUCCUCGUCCUCAGGAUAAGGAUAAUUUAAUUUUUGCCACAGAUGUCAGUUAUAUACAAGUUGUCGGUGGCAAGGAGGCAUAUCGCUUGUAAAUAGGAUGUCUCCUCGAAGCAGUUAUAUCAGAAGAUAAUAUAAAUCAUAAAAAGGAUAAGUUAAAAUGCGGUCAGGAAAAACGUAAUUAGGCAUCUAGCAAGUAUUCCAAAAUUCUAUUCCUGAAGCAAUUUAUCGUAUGUGUACUUCUGACAAACUCUGGGAGAGAAUUCCACAAUUUGUGACCUUGCCGAAUAGGAUGGUGAACUGCUUUACAUUAGUUCUGCAUGCAUGAGCUCGGUAUGAACUCUAGGAACUUUUAGGUUUUCUUGUUCUCAAUCAACAUGAUUUGAAUGUAUUUUCGCCCAACAAAUAUUUGAAUAUCUGCCCUACAAAGUUGCUUUUCACGCCCUUGUUUGUGAGUAACCAACCCUAUCCCUUAUCCGGAGUCUAACCUUGACCCUAACCGGGACAUGCCAAGGCCAGGCCAUUAUGUUAUCGGGAGAAGAAUAAUAGUAUUAUUCUUAUUCUCUAGGCUCGUUAUGUGCCAUUCAACCAUGUGUUAACAACGGGACUUGCCACGAGAAAGGUGACGACAUCACGUGUACAUGCGCCAACGGCUUUACUGGAAAGCGGUGUGAGGCAAAGAUUAAAGGUAAGACCGCUGAACACUGAUCUGCAACGUAGAUCCCCGUUCAAAC